AUGAACUCGCAGCAGCAGCGCCUGGCCGCCAUCGGUACCGACAAGGAGCUGAGCGACCUGCUGGACUUCAGCGCGAUGUUCUCGCCGCCCGUGAACCGCGGGAAGGCCCGGCCCACCACGCUGGGGAGCAGCCAGUUCGGCGGGGCAGGUAUGGAGGAACGAGCAGGAGGGAUAUCUUGGGGAGCAAGCGGUCAGUCAAGUCCUUCAUACGAACCUACAAGGGAAAAUGGCAGCCUUCUUGGAAAAACCUCAGAUAUUUCAACAGCUCUGGAGAAGCUGAAACACGAGGAGAGUUUUACAGAUACUCCUUCCUAUGAUGAACAUUUGAGUGAUGAACGAUUAGGACCCAGUGAAGAAUUAUCUCCAACUCCUUUCCUUAAUUCAAAUCUGAUAGGAAAAGCCUCUGAGAGGAAUCAGUUCCCAAUGUUUGGUCGAGAUGCUGGGCUCUCAGGCUGUCAGACAAGCCUGCUUCGAUCUGACAUUGGUGUUGGAAGCCCAGGUCCCCUGCCUUGCUCAGGAAAAACUGGAACACCAUAUUAUCCAUUUUCCUCUGCAAAUCCACGACGAAGGCCCCUUCAUGAUUCAUCUUCCCUUGAUUCUCUGCAGACAAAAAAAGUAAGGAAGGUGCCUCCUGGUUUGCCAUCUUCUGUCUAUGCACCUUCUUCUAAUUCAGAUGACUUCAAUAGAGAAUCUCCAAGUUAUCCAUCUCCUAAACCGCCAAGCAGUAUGUUUGCUAGCACUUUCUUGUUACAAGAUGGGACCCACAUUGCUUCUGAACUUUGGAGCCCCUCCAAUGGAGUGAGCCAGUCGGGUUAUGGUGGAAUGCUGGAAAGUCCUUCUCACCUGUUGCCCUCCAAUAGUUACGGCAGCCGACAUCCCCACGAGCGUCUGAACUGUCCUCAUUCAGACUCACCAACAGAAGGAAGCACCAGCCUUCCGCCAAUGUCCAGCUUCCACCGGGGCAGUAGCAAUAAUUCAUUAUAUGCUGCCACCGCCGCCGCCACCUCUCAUACUCCACCAGUCAACGGCUCGGAUACCAGUGUGCUUGUUCAUAGAGGGAAUACUGGUGGAAGUUCACAGACUGGGGACGCCCUUGGAAAAGCUUUGGCCUCAAUUUAUUCUCCUGACCACACUAGCAGUAGCUUUACUUCAAAUCCUUCAACACUUGUUGGAUCACCAUCAUCUCUCACAAAUGCUGGUCAGUGGUCAAGAACUGGAGGACAAGCCCCUUCACUUCCAAGCUAUGAAAAUUCUUUACAUUCAUUGAAAAAUCGAGUUGAGCAACAACUUCAUGAGCAUUUGCAAGAUGCUAUGUCCUUCUUAAAGGAUGUCUGUGAGCAGUCCCGGAUGGAAGAUCGCCUGGACAGACUCGAUGACGCCAUCCACGUGCUGAGAAACCAUGCUGUGGGGCCUUCAACGAGCCUGGCAGGGGCCCACGGAGAGAUGGAGGGCUUAUUGCGGCUAUCCCACAAUGGGCCCGUUAGCACUUUGAGUGCCACUUACGGCACAUCCAGCCUCGUCAUAGCCAGUAGACAAGCCUUGAUGGAAGAUGGUGUCAGCCUCAGUAGCAACCAUUCAGGGUUGUGCAACACGGUUCCUGCCCAGAGUACAGAACUAAACCAUAAAACCCAAGAAAGCUAUAGAGGGCUGCCUGCUGGGCUGCCAACCCCAUCAGUAGCCCUAGGUCCGCUGCAGAUCAAGUUGGAGCACAAGGAGAAGGAGGACAAUGCACAGGAACCCGCGUCCUCUGAUGACAUGAAAUCUGAUGACGAGUCCUCCCAGAAGGAUAUCAAAACCUCCUCCAGAGGCAGGAUGAGCAGCACGAACGAAGAUGAAGAACUAAACCCAGAGCAGAAGCUGGAGCGGGAGCGGGAGCGACGGAUGGCCAACAAUGCCCGGGAGCGCUUGCGUGUCCGGGACAUCAACGAAGCCUUCAAGCAGCUGGGCCGGAUGUNACAAUUAGGGUUGUCUUCAGACUGGCCAAGCCUGACCUCCAUGGGCUUGCAUGGUAUUUCCUGUUUCUUUCUGUCAUUACUUCUAGAGAGGAACCUGAACCCCAAAGCAGCUUGCCUUAAGCGAAGGGAAGAGGAAAAGAGGUCUGUUGUAUCAGCAGAACCCCCGCCCACCCCAUCCAGGAAGCCAUCCAGCGCUUAAUGAAACUGCCAAUCCAAUGGGACAUAUGUGAGAUCAGAAUCCAGAACCCUGUGGAAGAGACCAAGAAGAGGGGAUCUUUUGUUCACAAGGACACUCAACAUAGCAUUAAACAGGACCAUCUUGCUGGAGAAACAACCCAUCCAGAAGUGGCCCUUUGAGAAAAAUGGCCGGUUGCCUCAGAAGAGAGAGAGAGAACACCAGGCUGUUCUUCCAGCAGGAUUUCCGCCCCACAGACAGCAGCACCUCUCCUCCUCUUCCUUGCGGUUCUCCUGUCGCUCCAGCACAAUCAGAGACUCUGAUCUCCUCUCCACUUGGUGGGGAAACUGCCUUGUGCCUAAACCGAAUUGACAAAUGAAUUGUAACUAUAAAACAUUAUUUGUAAUGGAACUAUAAAGAUCCACCGUAUGAAGGGAAACAUUGAUCUGUUUAAAGCUUGGUUGAGAUACUGAUAUUGAGAAGUGCAUUUCGAGAAUGAAGCCACAAUGCCACUGACCCUUCACAUUCCACCAUACCUACAAGUGUCUUAAAGAAGGGACAAGGGCAUGUACCAGCUCCCCUCUCUCUGGACAUGUAUUUCCCAGGUAGGUAUCUUGAUCUUGAGGAGCACAGGCCAGCAGGCAGCCCUCUUCUUGAUGCACAGCCCCUGGCCUUUUGCAUUCUCAAAUGGCUCCCUCCUAAGGCUUCCAAUGGGACCGUUGUUGGGUGAAGAGGAAGCCCAUCUAGAAUUGCCCUGGAGCUGUAAGGACAAGCCCAGCAGACCUAAGCACAACCUGGGUUGAAAUCUUGGCCUGGGAUGAAAGAAGUGCAGUCCAGGGUGCCCCGAUUCUAGCUUCCCUGUGGAGAAGGAGGCUGCCUCCUUCCUGGUCAGUUGCCUUUGCCGAGUGCAUAGCAGGGAGGCCCUCUCUCUGGGCAAUUCCUCCCCCUUUGAUUCUUCUUUGAACUUCCGUGAACACUGUCUUCCAUUGUAGCAGCCCAGAGAGAGACCCGCCGCUGUGGCACUGCCCUGAUAUCCUAAGCAAGCUUCUCUCACAAGACUUGAAUUGCUUUGAGGGUGUUGUGGCUCUAACUGGCUUCCUUCUACAUGUCUUUCAUAUGCUUCCUACAUAUGCUGGUUUGUUAAGUGGCUGUCCUAAAGUGAUCCUGGGCAAGUGUCUGUGGCCCUUUUCUGCCGCCUCCUCAGUGUUCCCCAGCCAGUGGACUUUGCCUCCUGGCUGGUGAAUUCCUGGCUCUGUUGGGCUAUGCAGGAUGUGUGCAGUGUACCCUAAAGCUUCCCUUGUAAAACCGAGAGAGCAUUUGGCUUAUUUUUCACUGUAGCUAGUCUUUUAUACAAUAAUCUUGUAAGAAGUUUGUUGAAUUCUAAAUAUUACUCUUUCUAGAUUUUUGAAAUAAAAAAAAUGUUUUCAGUAAAAAAUUUUUUACUUUAUUUUACUAUAUUAGGUAGUAAGAAAUGUAAGGUUGUUUAACCAUAACCUCUUCAUUAAUGUCAGAAAUUUACAAUAGCAUUGUAAGAGCAUAGUAGGGUUCUAGCAUCUUGUGUAGUACCUUAUGGAGUAUUUUAAGAGCUAUUUGUCCAAGAUGAAUUGCUUCUCAUCUUGUUAUUCAAUUUCCAUAUGUUGGUUUAUUGCAAAUUUGUACCCUGUGUCAAAUUUCAAGAUAUUACAGAUAAACCUUUUUGACCAGCAACAGGUUCAACACUUUUUUGUCAAUGUAACAGAAAACACUAUGUAUAUAACAUUUAUGUAGCAAUAAAUGUCCCAUCUUUUUGUA